AUUGGAGCAGAUGGAUAGCAGAUGAGAAUCCAGUAUCCUUCAUGCACUCGUUCUCUCUCCCUUCCACUCAGUCACGCCGGGCUCUCCGGUCUUUUUUUACCGUAGUGAGAGACCUGUCGGGGGGGAGAGCAGUUUGACAGGCAAAAAUCGCACAGCGGCAGAAAAGAGGAAGUAAAGGAUCGAGUGUUGGCUAAUGUACGAUUUCACGCCGGUGCGGCGAUAUUAGAUGUGUUCUGCCUCCAGUUUAAGUCUCAUUGAUUGCGGCGCCACAUCCUCCCACCAGCUUCGCGCUCUUUUUUUUCCACCGAGGGAGCUCACGCCGGUCGGAGGCCGCGCGUUGUCAAGGUGGAGGCGGGUGGAUGUGUAGACAGCGGCGGAGGCGGUUCCUCACCACCUGAUCCUUCCUGGUUGCUGAGAGGGACGAGGGUGCUUCUGCUCCCAGUGGCCUCCUGUGAUUCCACCUGUGACCUGCAGUCAGCAGCACGGCGGCCUGCUGCAUCCGACCUCUGGUCACUGGCCACCCGAUGCCACGCGCUUCUGCUUUCUGAUCCACGAAGAAGCAUAAUGAACCGUUUCCCCUGCAUUACGGGACCAGGGAGGGUCUGAACAGUGGUCCAGCCCUCGAGUCUGUAAGCUGAAUUCUGAUUGGAGGAAUGGAGCGCCGCUCUGUCCGGCCCCAGUGAUCCGGCCUGGAGACUCCGGCGGCGACGUCCUGUGGAGCCAGAGAUCAAAGGCGAGGAGGCUGUUGCGCCACCUUUGGAUCUGAAGAUUGCUUUUAAAUAAAAGCAAGUCCACACAGCAGGUUUUUUUUUUUUUUUUUUAAAGCCAUGAUGCAAGAAUCUGGGACGGAGGCGACGAGCAACGGAGCGCCUACUCAGAUGGAGGCGCGGGGGCGGAGAGCAGGCCCAGGGAGGCCCGACCCGAGAGCGCCGCGCCGUCGAUGGAGGUGACCGCGGCUGACCUCCUGCAGCUGCAGCAGCACCAGGCUCUUCAAGUGGCCCGGCAGAUACUCCUCCGGCAGCAACAUCAACAACAACAACAACAACAGCAACAACAAAACACCGGCCGCAAGUCUCCCAAAGCCGUCGACAAGCAGCAGAGCCUCCAGGUCCCAGUUUCAGUGGCUAUGAUGACGCCUCAAGUGAUAACUCCUCAGCAGAUGCAGCAAAUCCUUCAGCAGCAGGUCCUGAGCCCUCAGCAGCUCCAGGUUCUCCUCCAGCAGCAGCAGGCCCUCAUGUUACAGCAGCAGCAACUCCAAGAGUUCUACAAAAAGCAGCAGGAACAGCUCCACCUCCAGCUCCUACAGCAGCAGCCACAGCAGCAGCAGCAGCAUGCGGUCAGCAAGCAGAGUAAAGAGCAGCAGGUGUCAGCGCAGCAGUUGGCCUUCCAGCAGCAGCUCCUGCAGGUCCAGCAGGUCCAGCAGCAGCAUCUGCUCAACCUUCAGAGGCAGGGGCUGCUCACCAUCCAGCCCGGACAGACCGGCUUGCCGCUGCACUCCCUCACUCAGGGCAUGAUUCCAGCCGAGCUGCAGCAGCUGUGGAAGGAGGUGACCAAUGCGCACGUGAAGGAGGAGCAGCACCACCACCACCACCACAACAACAGCAUCAACAACGGCCACCGGGGCCUCGACCUGUCCUCCCCGGCGACGCCAAAGAACCCGCCGCUCAACCAGCACGCCUCCACCAACGGGCAGUACAUGAGUCACAAGCGAGACGGGUCCACGCUAGAAGACCAUUCCCCCCACAGCCACCCGCUCUACGGCCACGGCGUCUGCAAGUGGCCCGGGUGUGAGGCGGUGUUCGACGACUUCUAUUCAUUCCUCAAGCAUCUUAACAAUGAGCACGCCCUGGAUGACAGGAGCACGGCCCAGUGUCGGGUGCAGAUGCAGGUCGUACAACAGCUGGAGCUGCAGCUGGCGAAAGACAAAGAGCGUCUGCAAGCCAUGAUGACGCACCUCCAUGUCAAGUCCACGGAGCCCAAAGCCCCCCCACAGCCGCUCAACUUGGUGUCCAACGUCACGUUGUCCAAAUCGGCUCCCGAGGCCUCCCCUCCUCUGAGCCUGCCCCAGACCCCCACCACCCCCACGGCGCCGCUCACGCCCCUGUCCCAGACGCACUCCGUCAUCACAGCCAACAGCCUCCACAGCGUGGGCCCCAUGCGGCGCCGCUACUCCGAGAAGUACAACAUGCCCAUCUCUCCAGAUCUCAGUCAGAACAAAGAGUUUUACAUGAACGCGGACGUUCGACCGCCGUUCACAUACGCCUCACUAAUAAGACAGGCGAUCCUGGAGUCUCCAGAAAAGCAGCUAACACUAAACGAAAUCUACAACUGGUUCACACGAAUGUUUGCAUAUUUUAGGCGCAACGCGGCGACGUGGAAGGGUGCCGUUCGCACCAACCUUUCCUUGCAUAAGUGCUUUGUGAGAGUAGAGGAUGAGUUUGGGUCCUUUUGGACCGUUGAUGAUGAGGAGUUUAAGCGCGGCCGCCACGUGCAGCGGGGCCGCCCUCGGAAAAACGCCGCCGACGAGCUGCUCGUACAAAGUCCAGCCUUAGUAAAGAACAUUCAGACCAGCUUGGGCUACGGUCCGACCCUCUCUGCUGCCUUCCAGGCUUCAAUGGCAGAAAACAACAUACCUCUAUACACUACUGCUUCCAUUGGAAGUCCCACCCUCCACUCCCUGGCCAACGCCAUCCGCGAGGAGAUGAACGGAGCGAUGGACCAUGGAAACAGCAACGGCAGUGACAGCAGCCCGGGACGCUCGCCCCUGCUAGCUAUGCACCACAUCAGCAUUAAGGAGGAACCACUGGACCCCGAGGAC